AUGGUGGAACAUAACGGCCUGGAUAUUAUGUGUCCGAACAAGUAUAGCAACAGCUCCUCGUCGUCGUCCAGCUCCGAGCAGGACAAGAAGAUCUUCAGCAAACUAAAAAUCAGUUUGUCGGAAGACUAUCCGAAGAAGAACGCAGAGUUCCUGAGCGGGCAAUACGGGACCAAUCUGCUGCUGAUCGGGGCGGCGUUGAUGCUUGCCAUCGCAAACAAGAACCCCUCCGUUAGGGAAGAGGAUCUGCGGUCCUUCACUACCUGCCUCAUGAUCCUCCAGCUGCUCUGGAUGAUGUGGUACAUCUUGGUACGGGACAGGCAAAAGAGCGCGCCGCCAGAAAAAGAUGUACACGCCACCUCAGGCUGGAUAAGAGGUGGUUUGACCCUUCUUGCACUCCUUUCACUGAUUAUGGAUGCUUUCCGAAUUGGGCAAUAUGUUGGUUUUCAACCUUGUGUGUCGGCGGUGCUCGUGGUUUAUCCUGUCAUCCACGCAACUCACACUAUGGCACAGGUGCAUUUUCUCUGGUUUCACAUCAAGGAUGUCAUCAAGAGCUUUGAAACAUUUGAGAGAUUUGGUGUAAUCCAUGCAGUCUUUACCAACAUCCUCCUGUGGUGCAGUGGUGUGAUGUCAGAGGCUGAACACUUCCUGAACAACCAUAAGAGGAGACUUUCUGCCCUGGGCCUUGUAAACCUCACUACAGAGUACUCAGAACCACAAUGUAACUGCACCACCAGCACAUGCUCCAUGUUCGCCACCAGCCUCUACUAUCUCUACCCCUUCAAUAUUGAAUACCACAUUUUUGUUUCUGUCUUGCUUUUCGUGAUGUGGAGAAAUAUUGGACGCACCAUUGACCUCACUUCAAACCACAAAAGGCAGGUUGCCAAAAACCGGGGCUUGAUCUUAGGUCCUCUUGUGGGUCUACUUGCCCUGGCCAGCAGUAUUGGAAUACUGGUGGUCUACGUUACUCAUGUAGAGAAGUCAAUCCAGAUGCGAAGGUCAGCCGUUUCCAUGUUCUACAUUUAUGCCAUCGUCAUGCUGACGGUCAUGUGCUGCGCCGGUGCUUCGGGUCUGCUUAUAUACCGAGUGAACCACAUGCCGCUGGACACCUCCAAGAACCCGUCAAGACAGCUGGACACGGAGGUGCUGUUUGGAUCCUCCAUUGGCUCCUGGUUCAUGUCAUGGUGCAGCAUAGUGUCUGUGCUAAGCACCGGAAGCAACCCUCCUUACCGCUGGACAAAUUUGGUCUACUCUCUGUUUAUUGUGUUGGAGAAAUACGUCCAGAAUCUCUUCAUCAUAGAGUCUUUGUAUCGCCAGCAAGAGGAUAGAGAGAGGCAGGACCCAGAGUUACCAGCUGCUCCAGAAGUCUUCUCUGUCACUUCCUCUCUCGCUCCGCCGUACAAUGGCAUCAUCAACCGAACUUUUGAAUCUCCAGACAGGAGCUGUGUCUCUACUGAGAGCGAGCAGGAGGAGAGUGAGCAGGUUUAUGGAUGCCCACGGAAACAUUCAGAUGUGCCAGCGCCUGUGGGAAACGAAACAGUGGAACGCCCAAAUAUAAAGAGGCAGAUCCUGAAGAAUAUUGCCGUUUUCCUUAUUAUGUGUAACAUUUCGCUGUGGAUUCUUUCUGCCUUUGGCUGCAGGCCACAGUAUGACAACGGACUGGAAGAGGAGACAUACGGCUUCAGCAUAUGGAGCACAGUUCUCAAUUUUGCCAUCCCUUUGAACCUUUUCUACCGCAUGCAUGCAGUUGCCUCCCUCUUCGAGGUGUUCGCCAGAGUCUGA